UGUAUAAUGUAUUGAAAACCUGUCAGUGAUUGAGUACAGCAUACAUUCACAUUUUAUUUGUUUCUGUCCAUAAUUUGUCUGAAAAGAGGAACAAUUAUGUUAACCCAUGUCUUGUCUUGAGGGUGGGGUGGCUAAAGCCCUGCUUACAAAUGUUUUGGACUGGCUCAGUGUCCAGGAUAUUAUGCCUUGAGCCCAUAGUUUCCUGGUGUCACCACACUCACUUUGACCCUGACCAGGAAAAAGGCACGGUGGCUCGGUGGGUAGCACUGUCGCCUCACGGCAAGAAGGUCCAGGGUUCGAUUCCCAGGUGGAGCAGUCCGGGUUCUUUCUGUCAUUCAAUUUGUUCAGCCUCCAACAAUGCCUCAGAAAAACCAAUCCAGAAGUUCCAGUGGAACAAUCCAAGAGCCAGGACCACCUCAGACCGAACCGAGAUCUGAAAGUGAUGAAGCUGAGAAGGACCAGGAGGACUUGCAGAUCAUAAAAUCUCCAAGUGACCCAAAAAAAUACAGGUACAUUGAGCUGAGCAACGGCCUGAGAGCACUGCUCAUCUCAGAUCUUGGUCAGGAACACCGCAGCUGUUACUGUGACGGUGAGGAUGAAGAGGGAGAGGAGGAAGAUGACAGCAAUGAAGAGGAUGACUCUGAGGAGGAUGGCAGUGAGGAAGAUGAAAAUGGCAGUGAUGCUGAUGCUGACAGUAGUGAAGGAAGAAAGAAGCUGAAAAAGGGGAAGUCAGAGAAACAGUCAGCUGCUGCUCUUUGUAUCUGUGUGGGAAGCUUCAGUGAUCCAGAUGAUUUGCCCGGUCUUGCCCACUUCCUUGAGCACAUGGUGUUCAUGGGCAGUGAGAAAUACCCAGCUGAGAACGGUUUUGAUGCAUUUCUGAAGAAGCAUGGAGGCAGUGACAAUGCUUCAACAGACUGUGAGAGAACCAUCUUCCAGUUUGAUGUUCAGAGAAAGUAUUUCAAAGAUGCACUGGAUAGGUGGGCACAGUUCUUCAUUUGCCCCCUGAUGAUAGAAGAUGCCAUUGAGAGAGAGGUGGAGGCUGUUGACAGUGAAUACCAGUUAGCAAGACCAUCAGACUCCCAUCGCAAGGAUAUUUUGUUCGGAAGACUGGCAAAACCCAACCACCCCAUGAGCAAAUUUUACUGGGGUAAUGCCCAAACUCUGAAGCAUGAGCCAAAAGAGAAGAAUAUUAAUACUUACAAGCGUCUGCGGGACUUCUGGAAGAGAUACUAUUCCGCCCAUUACAUGACACUCACUGUGCAGUCAAGAGAAACGUUGGACACUUUGGAGGAAUGGGUGAGGGAGAUCUUUAUCAACAUCCCAAACAAUAGUCAGCCACGUCCCGAUUUUUCUGACCUUCAGGACCCCUUUGAUACACCAGUUUUCAACAAGCUUUACAGAGUGGUACCCGUGAGAAAGAUCCAUGCCCUCAACAUCAGCUGGGCUUUACCUCCUCAGGGCAAGCAUUACAGAGUGAAACCUUUGCAUUACAUUUCCUGGCUGAUUGGUCAUGAGGGUGCAGGCAGUAUACUCUCCGUGCUCAGGAAGAAGUGCUGGGCACUGGCACUGUAUGGAGGAAACAGUGAGACUGGUUUUGACCAAAACACUACUUACUCCAUCUUUAGCAUCUCCAUCACCCUGACAGACGAGGGCUACCAGAACUUUUUCCAGGUGGUUCAUUUGGUAUUCCAGUACAUGAAGAUGCUUCAUGAACUUAAACCUCAGCAAAGGAUUUAUGAAGAAAUCCAGAAAACUGAAGCCAAUGAGUUUCGCUAUCAAGAGCAGACAGAUCCAAUUGAGUUUGUGGAGAGGAUUUGUGAGAGCAUGCAGCUUUUUCCUAAAGAGGACUUCCUGUGUGGAGACCAGCUUAUGUUUGAAUAUAAACCAGAGGUCAUUUCCUGUGCCUUGGCACUGCUCACUCCCGAGAGAGCAAACGUGCUGCUGCUGUCCCCGGAGCAUGAGGGUCUCUGCCCGCUGAAGGAGAAGUGGUUUGGCACUCAGUACAGUGUGGAAGAUAUUUCUCUGGAAUGGAGUGAGCUGUGGGCUGGAGAUUUUCCACUCAACCCUGACCUUCACCUCCCGGCCGAGAACAAGUUUAUAGCCACGGAUUUCACCCUGAAGACAUCGGACUGUCCUGAUGCUGAGUUCCCUGUCAAAAUCGCUGACCACAGCCGGGGUCGACUGUGGUUUAAAAAGGACAAUAAGUUCAAAAUACCAAAAGCAUACAUUCGCUUUCACCUGCUUACGCCCCUCAUUCAGGAGUCCCCUAAAAACCUGGUUCUUUUUGACCUCUUUGUGAACAUCUUGGCACAUAACCUGGCUGAGCCUGCUUACGACGCAGACGUAGCACAGCUGGAGUACAAGCUGAUUCCUGGGGACCACGUCCUAGUCAUACGGCUCAAAGGCUUCAACCAUAAACUGCCUUUGCUGCUGAAUCUGAUUGUGGAUUACCUGGCAGAUUUCACUGCAGCUCCUGAGGUGUUCAGCAUGUUUGUUGAGCAGCUGAAGAAGACGUACUUCAACAUCCUCAUCAAGCCAGAGAGGCUGGGAAAAGACAUACGUCUGCAGAUCCUUGAGCACGCUCGCUGGUCAGUCAUCCAGAAGUAUCAGGUCAUCAAUCAGAACCUCACCAUUGAAGAUCUGAUGCAGUUCGUCAACCAAUUCAAGGCUGAAAUGUUUGUGGAAGGACUUGUGCAGGGAAAUUUCACAAGUGAUGAGUCCAAAGAGUUUCUGCAGUAUUUUAUUGAGAAACUCCAGUACCAGCCUCUGCCCAUUGAGCCUCCAGUGCUGUUUAGAGUGGUGUAUCUGCCACAGAAGCAUCAUCUGUGUAAAGUCCAGUCCCUUAACAAGAGUGACGCUAACUCUGAGGUCACAGUCUAUUAUCAGUCUGGUCUGAAAAACCUUCGAGAGCACGCACUGAUGGAGCUGUUAGUGAUGCACAUGGAGGAGCCCUGCUUUGAUUUCCUGAGGACUAAAGAGACUUUAGGGUAUCAGGUGUACCCUACCUGCAGAAACACCUCCAGCGUCCUUGGCUUCUCAGUUACCGUCGAGACUCAGGCAACCAAAUUUAGCACUGACUUUGUGGAGGGUAAGAUUGAAGAGUUCCUGGUGAAUUUUGGAGAAAAGAUGACCAACCUGUCAGAUGAGGCGUUUCAGGCACAGGUCACUGCUCUGAUCAAGCUAAAGGAGUGUGAGGACACGCAUCUUGGCGAGGAGGUCAACAGGAACUGGUUUGAGGUUGUCACACAGCAGUAUGUGUUCAGCCGACUCAGUAAAGAGAUUGAGGCUCUGAAGCAGAUGACCAAAGCAGACCUGGUGCAUUGGUACAUGGAGCACAGAGGUGCAGAGAGCAGAAAGCUCAGUGUGCACGUGGUUGGUUUUGGAGCUGAAGAAAAAUGGCAGUCUGAAGAUGACAAGACCCCUUCUGACCAGUCAGAGAACGAUGAGGACGCAGCAACCAAGUCUUCUUCAUACGGAGAGGUUUCUAAGCUCACCUUCCUGCCAGCCUCAUCUGCUCUCUCUGGAGGCGGUCUGAUCACCGACAUCCAUGCAUUCACCUCAUCCCUCACGCUCCAUCCCUACCACAAAGUCCUGAGCUAAAGAGUAGCUUAAUAAAGAAGCCAGAAACACCUGUACUGAAAAGCUGCACGAGGAACUACCUCACAUCUGAAGAACUGUGCAAAAUCUAUUUAUGUUUCUUUAGUCGUGAGAGGGUUUCGAAUCAUAUCAGUGUCUAUAGAUCAUGGAAAAUAAGAUGGACUUUUGAUUAUUGUAGCUAAUUAAAGACAUGAAGACUAUAUCAGGUGCCUUCAUACAGAAGUCAUUAUACAAUUGUUAAUAUUAACUGAACUAGGAUCAGCAGUUGAAAUGCUAAGGGGCUUAUUUUUGCCAGCAUGUUUUAACUUUGUUUUCUUUCUGAGAUAAAUGAGGAAAUUAUGUGAAGACUCACUGUAGGUCACUGUAGGUCACUGUAGGUCAGUUGAUGUUGCACUGAAGGUCCUUAUAUUUCCUUAUAUUUAUAUAUCCUUAUAUUUUCUGACUGCUGUGGUAGCAUUUAGCAUGUUUUAUCAUUUAUUAACGUGUAUCCUCAGGUGUGUGCUUGAAUCAUUAUUACUUUAUCAGCCACAUGCAUUUUCAUCAGGUACAGAAAUUAAGCAUAUAGCCAAGAAAUUUCCCUAGACAAGAAGCGUGGGUCGUGUAAAAAGCUCUGGGACUUUGAACUUGACAGUGUUAUAGGAUGCCUUUCCAACAAGUCAGUUUAUCGAAUUUCUGCACCACUGUGGUCAAGUAUAAGUAUUGUAAAGUGAAAACAUUUUCCGCACCACCACCAGCUCAGCCACGAAGCCAAACAAGCUCAUGGAUUGGGGUCACCAAGUGCUUAAAGAUCUGGCAUGUAAAAUCUUACUUUGGUUGACACGCUCACAACUGAGUUCAAAACGGAGUUUUUGGAAGCCGUAUCAGCACAAGAACCUUGUGUUGUAUAGUUAAUGUAUUAAACAAGAAUUUUCAAGCCUUCAAUCACAUUUUAUAAAGGACACCAUUACUAUACUCUGAAUUGGGGAAACUAAUUGUCUAACUAAUAAGGUUAGGUUUGGUUUGUGGUCAAGAAUUCUGUAGUUGACCGUUUAAGUACCAGUAAAGCUUGGUGGAGGAGAAAUAAUGAUCAGUUUUUUUUGGUGGUUUGGGCUUCUUAAUGCUACCAUACAGCAGCAGUCCAGAAAACUGUGUGCUGUAAUUUUUCUAAUGUUUUUAAUUAUACAGUUGGGGUGGCACGGUGGCUCAGUGGGUAGCACUGUUGCUUCACAUCAAGAAGAUCCGGGUCCUUUCUGUGUGGAGUUUGCAUGUUCUCCCCAUAUCUGCAUGGGUUUCCUCCAGGAGCUUUGGUUUCCUCCCACAGUCCAAAGACGUGCAAGUGAGGUGAAUUGGCGACACUAAAUUCUACAUGACUGUGUUUGACAUUAAACUUGUAAACUGAUGAAUCUUGUGUAAUGAGUUCCUGUCAUGAGUGUAACCAAAGUGUAAAACAUGACGUUAAAAUCCUAAUAAAUUAUUAUGCAGUUAAGGAAAUAUA